CGACUGUCGAGUGUACUACACACACACAGAGACUCCACUCCCCGGAAAUAACUAAACAACUUUUUUUCUUCUUUCUCCAAAAAUUUUUCUCUCCUUUUAUUUUCCACCACUCGGUUCAUUGUGAGCUCGUUGCUGCGUCCUUUUUACUUUUAGUUCUCUACAAUAGGGAACCAGUAACACACACAUCUAUCCAACGGCUCUUCUUCUUCUGAAACCCAGACUAAUCCAAAACUACCAUCAUGACAGCAUUCUUGGAGCAGUACCGUGCAGGUCUUGAAAAAGCAUUGAACGAGCCAGGAGUAAUAAACGAUUUGCUAGCCAAAGCUGAGCAGCGUACAGGAGUAAAGAGACUUUACAUAGCACUUGGAAUGAUUGGUGUCAUCGCAAUUUACCUUACUUUUGGCUAUGGUGCUCAGUUGCUAUGCAACUCCAUUGGAUUUGUUUACCCUGCAUAUGCGUCAGUGAGAGCCAUUGAGUCUGACAAAAAAGAUGAUGACACAAAGUGGCUUACUUAUUGGACAGUCUUUGCAUUUUUCAGCAUUAUUGAAUUCUUUUCUGAUAUUCUUUUGUCUUGGUUUCCCCUUUAUUGGCUUGCAAAGUGCAUCCUGCUGGUCUGGUGCUUUGCUCCAAUCUCAUGGAAUGGUUCUGCUGUGAUUUAUAACAGAGUGAUCAGACCCAGAUACCUCAAAUACAACACUAAAUUGGACAAAAUUGUUGGCGAAGCUACAAACACUGCCUCUAAACUGUUAUCCCAAGGACUUGAUAUAACUCAAAACUUGGUUAAGAAUGCUAACAAGGAUGAUUAAGUUAAUAUUUUCAUUCUGUGUGUUUCUUCUCUUUGAAUCUAUUUUGAAAAUUCUGUAAUUCCUUUCAAAAUUAGUCACGCGAGACUGUCCUGAAUUAUUGAUUGAAUCCGUUUUCAUAACUUUUUGUAAACUUGAACUUACAAUACAGAAACAAGUCACUUACAA